CUCUGUUUCUGUACUCAACAGCUCACUCUUGAUUAGCUUUUUAGGGUUUCGGUUUGGGCUGCGUUUCGAAUUGGCUUGCAAUGGUGGAGAGGAGGAAGCCUCUGGUGCUUACUUCAACCAAAGCUCUCAUCAGUUCGGUGCUCGGGUCGUCAACAACAAGAGAUCAGACCACCGCUGCAAUUGAUCGUACCGGACCGGGCUCCGUAGAUGAGGCGACGAGUAUACUGAUUCCGGCCGGAAUCCUUCGGUUAUCGAACGACCUAGAGGCCGCCAUUGCGGCGCAGAAGUUGGCUUCCCUAGAUGAUUCCGCCUUGGUUGGGCUUCCGACGUCUGUGCUCAAGAAGCUAUCCAUAACGUCUGGCUCGCUGGUGUUUGUGAAGAAUGUAGAGAUGAGCAUCCAGAGACUUGCCCAAGCUUUCGUUAUAGAUCCUCCCUCCACCCAUGAACAUUUACCUGACAACAAAUUUCCCAUCUCCCAAUCACCAAGAGCAAUGGCUUUCUUUCCCUCAUGUAGAUACCCCCAAGUUCACAAUGUGCCGCUAGACCAAGAAGUUGCGUAUCUAUCUCCUUUACUGGCCUUUAACCUCAGUUUACAUAUAGCAUGCAUCAAGUCUCUUGUUCGGCAAGGUAAAGAUACUUUGGCAUCUCUUUUUGAAGUUAAAGUGAAGGAUGCAGAAAAUGAUAAGGGGAGUGAGGCCACUUUCAUCAGUUUAAGACUUGAACCAUGUGCUGAAUUGCCAAGGUAUGCCUCACACUUGAGGAUUGCUUUUGUGAAGAUACCAGAGUGUGGUACUCUUGAAUCUCUUAAAGCAAGUUCAUAUAUUGAAGCUGAAGAACGUCAAGGGAUGAUUGAUUUGGCAUUGCAUAAUUACUUUGAAAAGGAUAGAUAUGUUGCCAGAGGUGAUCUUCUCUGUAUCCACAUCAGUUGGAAUUGCAAGUCUGAUAUGUGCAUUCCUUGCAGCCAUAAGAUGCAAAAUGCCAGUGAUGACAUGAUUUACUUCAAGGUCAUGGCUAUGGAGCCAUCUGGUGAACCAGUUCUUAGAGUCAACAGGACUAAAACAGCACUCGUGCUUGGAGGGAGUACUUCUUCUGCUGUACCUCCUGAUAUGUUAAUUUCUAGUUCAAAAGGUUUUGUUCCUUUACAAGGGGAUACAGUCAAGAUUUUGGCCUCCAUACUUACACCACCUCUAUGUCCAUCUGCCCUUUCAUCAAAAUUCAGAGUUGCUGUUCUGUUGUAUGGUCUUUCUGGAUGCGGCAAAAGGACUGUGGUUAAAUAUGUUGCUAGCCGGUUGGGUCUUCAUGUAGUGGAAUACAAUUGUCAUAAUCUUAUGUCAUCCUCUGAAAAAAAGACGUCUAUUGCAUUAGCAGAAGCUUUCAAAGCAGCUCAGAGAUAUGCACCAGCAGUUCUUCUUCUCCGCCAUUUUGAUGUCUUCCGGAACUUGGUUUCUCAAAUGGGCUCACCUCUUGAUCAAGUUGGUGUCAGCUCUGAAGUUGCAUCCGUUAUUAAGGAAUAUACAGAGCCAGUUUCUGAAGAGGAAAUAAUUUAUUGUGAAAAAAAUUCUGAUGGCGAUUCACAAAUGAAGGCUGCUGAAUCAAUAAGAAGGCAUCCUCUGCUGCUAGUUGCAGCUUCUGACAGUUCUGAAGGUCUGCCACCAACUAUUAGACGGUGCUUCACUCAUGAGAUCAGUAUGGGGCCUCUGACUGAAGAACAAAGGGCUGAAAUGCUGUCCCAGACACUUCAUCAUGUUUCAGGACUGCUUCCUAAUGCUGCCCCCGAUGAUCUUAUAAAGGACAUGGUUGGCCAAACAUCUGGUUUCAUGCCCAGGGAUAUGUGUGCCUUAAUAGCGGAUGCUGCUGCAAAUUUGAUUCCCAGGCAGAAUAUUCAAUUUGACAAAGUGGAGAUGGGGAAAUUGGGUGAAAAAAUAUCUAUUUCUUGCAAAUCUGAGCAGGAUAAUAAGCCAUGUGAUAACACAUCGAGGGUUCUGAGUAAAGAAGAUUUGACCGCGGCUUUGGGCCGUUCAAAGAAGAGGAAUGCAUCAGCAUUGGGUACUCCAAAGGUUCCCAAUGUGAAAUGGGAGGAUGUUGGUGGGCUUGAGGAUGUUAAGAAAUCAAUUCUGGAUACUGUUCAGUUGCCUCUUCUGCACAAGAAUCUCUUUUCAUCUGGGCUGCGGAAGCGCUCUGGUGUUCUUCUUUAUGGUCCUCCUGGUACAGGGAAGACUUUACUGGCCAAAGCUGUUGCAACAGAGUGCACUCUUAAUUUUCUCAGUGUAAAAGGGCCUGAACUGAUCAACAUGUACAUAGGAGAAUCAGAGAAAAAUGUACGCGACAUUUUUCAGAAGGCAAGAUCGGCUCGACCAUGUGUUAUCUUCUUUGAUGAACUUGAUUCUCUUGCUCCAGCCAGGGGUGCUUCUGGAGAUUCUGGGGGUGUCAUGGACCGUGUUGUUUCUCAGAUGCUUGCAGAGAUCGAUGGCUUGAAUGACUCAAUGCAGGACUUGUUUAUUAUUGGAGCAAGCAACAGACCAGAUCUUAUUGAUACAGCACUGUUAAGGCCUGGUCGUUUUGACAAGCUCCUUUAUGUUGGAGUUAAUUCUGAUCCAUCUUACAGGGAGCGGUUAGUUCUAUUCUCACUUGCCUCGCCUGUUUGCAUAAUUUAUUGGUUUAAAACAUUUAUUCUCCUGCAUCACCUUCCUAUUUCCAGAGUCCUUAAAGCACUAACGAGGAAGUUUAAGUUGCAUGAAGGUGUAUCCCUAUACUCAAUAGCAAAGAAAUGCCCCCCGAAUUUUACUGGUGCAGACAUGUAUGCUUUGUGUGCUGAUGCAUGGUUUCAUGCUGCAAAGCGCAAGGUUUUAAGUCCAACUCCAGAUUCAACUUGUGCAGAUGAUCAAGCAGCUUCCGUCGUCGUUGAAUAUGAUGAUUUUGUGAAGGCCUUGGGAGAGCUCUCUCCAUCGCUCUCUCUAUCUGAGCUUAAAAAGUAUGAGUUGUUGCGAGACCGAUUUGAAGGAGGCUCAACUCAACACUAAAUGGUGCCUAAUCUGACUCAAAGACUGUAAAUGGCUUCAGAACUCCAACAAAAUUAAUUUCAUGUGUAAUUUCUUAGCCCAUUGUACCUAUAUUUGUGCAGCCCCCAUUUUGUAAUAAACAACAAACAUAGCUGCACCGUUAACUUAAAACAAAACCACAUCCCUUCAAUUCAAUCACCUUUUUUCAUGUGAGACCAUGAGAUCA